AUGUCCGUGCCUUCCCCCGAGUCCUUUCAGAUCAUCUCAUCUCUUCGAUACGAUCCAGCCCUUCCCGAUCUGGCCUUGACACAUCCGGAUGGCUAUCCCGAACCUCUGCGCUCCCCAUAUUACCUCCUGGCCUACCACCGAGAUCGCCUUAUAGCCGCGGCACGCUUUUUCCAAUGGAGUAAAGCUCUGGCCUGGCUACAGCAAGACUUGAGCAGUCUUGAAAACUUUCUUGAUGCCUCCGUUCCCAACAGGCAACAACCGUGGCGGCUCAGGAUUGUAGUGGAUUGUAAUGGCACUGGUUUGGUAGACGUUCACUCAACACCAGCUAUUGAACCACUCAAUCUACUGGUACCUUCGGUGCGUUCCCCGACAUCGUCGACCAUCUGGCGCGUGUAUGUCGAUGCGCAAUCGACCAACCCAUCCGGAUUCACUACCCAUAAGACUACGGCUCGGGAGGACUAUACAGCUGCGCGGUUACGAGCGGGAAUAAAUUCCCCGGCGGAGACAGCGGAGGUCUUGGUGGUCAAUCAGGCUGGCGAAAUCAUGGAGGGAAGCAUCACAACGCCGUACUUCCGGAUCCGGGGAACGUCCGCUCAAGCUUGGUUCACACCGCCGUUGAGCAGCGGUGGUAAUGACGGCACCACCCGGAGAUAUGCAUUGACUCAAGGGUUCUGCACGGAACGGAAACUUACGAGGGCAGAGCUGGUAGAUGGUGAAGAAUGCUGGUUGAGUAAUGGGGUUCGAGGAUUUCUUCCUGGCGUAAUUGUGUUAACCCACGCGCUUAAUGAGAACUAG